AUGGCGUGGGAGCCACCGCGGCUCAAGCUCGGCCUGGUCGGCUGCUCGUGGUUUGCACUGCGGGCGCACGUGCCGGCGCUGCUCGCGCUCGAGCAGCGGGUCGGCGUGCGCCUCACUGCCGUGUGCUCGCGCACGCGCAAGUCCAUGGCGCGAGCUGAGGCCAAGAUCCACGCCGCCGACCCCGAGCGGGAGGUGCGCCGCUUCGCCAAGAUGGAGCAGCUCUUUGCAGAUGCGGACGUGGACGCUGUGCUGCUCGUGCUGCCGAUCCCGCUGAUGCCGGCAGCGGUCGAGGCGGCGCUCCGCGCCGGCAAGCACGUGCUCUCGGAGAAGCCGGCUGCGCCGUCGAUCGAAGCGGCCCGCCGCCUCCUCGACGCGAUCGCCGAGCUCGGGCCGCGUGCGCCCGUGUGGCUGGUGCUCGAGAACUGGCAGUUCAAGCCGUCCGUCCGCUGGCUGCGCGAGCGGCUGCAGGAGGGCGCCAUCGGCCGCGUGGCCGGAGAAGGCGCGUGGCUGGUGGACGCGGGCGUGCACUGGGCGCGGCUGCUCCGAGAGGCGCUCGGAGAGCCUGUCGAGGGCUCGGCCGCGCUCUGCAGCGGCGCGGAUGGCGCGGGCGGCGGCUCGCUAUGCGGCUGGGGCGAGCUCGGCGCUCUCUGCCUCUGGGCGGCGGAGGAGGGGGGCGGGCACAGGUGCGGGCGGGCGCGCGUCGCGCUCGAGCGCUUCGGCGGAGAGGCCACGACGCAGCUUCUCGACGGCGACGGGUGGGUGGAGGGCGGCGUCGCCGAGAGCCUCGAGCACGCGCUGACCGCGGCGCUCGCGGCGGCAGAGAGUGGCGCUGCAGCUUCGCCGCUGCUCUCCUUGCCGCCCACCGAGGUGAGCGACGCGAGCGGGACGCGCUUCUUUGUGCCGAGGCUCCUGCUGCCGUGCGCCACGGCGGCAGAGGGCGAGGGCGGUGCGGCGGAGCCGGGGCCGACGGCGCGGUGGGUGUCGCUCGAGUACGCUCUGCCGCGGGCGGCGCUCGCAGAGCUGGUGGCCACGUUGGGCAGCGCGGGCUUCCUCGCCGCGAGCGGCUGCGCGGGCAAGACGCUCGAGCUCAAGUUCGUGGGCGGGCCCGGGAGAGCGGAGCAGGGCGUCAACGCGGACGGGCCGGUCGUGUGCGCGAACGUGCUCUGGCGCGUCGCCCUGCCGGCAGGGUGGGGACGCCUAGCGGCGCUCGAGCGGGUGCUGGCCGGGCUGGGCGGGCGGCCGCAUCUGGGGAAGUGCCACGGCCUUGCCUGA